GGUGAGUCAGUCUGCCGUGGACCGUUGCUCCACCACGUCCGCUAUCACUGAAGGAGACUGCAGAGAGGGAUAACUAUGUCACCGUCUUGCCUAAGAUACUUCAGGACCAUUUAAAUUAUUGAAAGAUUACAUGUUCUUCAUUUCUAAAGUUGAGAUCCAGCGUUCCCGACAGAUCUGAUCUCAGGAUAAGUGCUCAUCUGCAGCCGGUGCAGCUCAUCAUUUGGAAUCGUAUUUUCUGGGAUGUGACUCAACGUUUGGGAUUUGUGGAGAAGGAACUUAGGAAAUUGAUUUCAGAUAAAACAGCCAGGGAAUAUUAGAGUGUCCACCCUGUGCCAAAAUGGAUACAAAUCCAGGAAUUAAAUGUAAAAUAGUGGUCGUCGGUGAUAGCCAGUGUGGGAAAACCGCUUUAUUGAAUGUGUUUGCUAAGGAUUCUUUCCCGGAGGGUUACAUUCCCACGGUGUUUGAGAACUACACAGCCAGUUUUGAAAUCGAUAUGCAGAGAGUUGAACUGCGUCUUUGGGACACCUCAGGUUCUCCAUACUACGACAACGUGCGACCUCUCUCCUACCCGGACUCUGACGCUGUCCUCAUCUGUUUUGACAUCAGCCGGCCAGAGACCCUGGACAGCGUGCUGAAGAAGUGGAGGGGUGAGAUCCAGGAGUUCUGCCCCAACACCAAGAUGCUGCUGGUGGGCUGCAAGUCGGACCUCCGCACCGACCUCUUCACCAAGUCCCACAGCAGGCAGACACCAGUGUCAUACGACCAGGGCUCCAACAUGGCCAAGCAGCUGAGCGCCCCCUACAUCGAGUGUUCCUCCCUGCAGUCUGAGAACAGCGUCAGAGACAUCUUCCACGUGGCCACGCUGGCCUGCGUCAACAAGAACAGCAAGAACGUCAAGCGCAGCAAGUCCUCCAGGGCCACCAAGAGGAUGUCAUCCUCCCACGGGCCCGUGGACCUGCCCACCGUUGUCAGCGACUACCAGAAGACCAAAGCCAAGACCUGCACCCUCAUGUGAUUGGCUGCUUAAGAUGACACUUUAUACAUCCCCAGGUGGGGACAUUUGGUUUUUGUCACAGAGCCCUCCCCCACAGCUUGCAGCCUGGCCGAGGAGGUCACGUGAUUGGACCCUGACUGGAGGUUUUCAUUGGAGGAUUACAUCUGAGGAGACCUGGGAACGAUGGGUAUUUGUGUGCUUUGUUGAGAGCAUUGACAGUCUUCUGCACAGAGAACACGGCAAGUUGGAAGGACGAACCUUUGGACCUGUCAGAACCACUUGUGGUGCAAGGAUUUUCACCCCCCAAAAAAUGUGCUUGGAAAAACAAGCACAAACUAAAUAAUUAUACAUAUUUGGACUGGCUUUACCUCCAUGUGGACAUCUGGUAUGUCUGUUACCACAGUGUCAUGGGUUCAUUUAAACCCACGACAUCCUGCAGAGGAACUACUGAAACGUUGCUAUAGGAAGCCUACAGGAAGGACUUCAGCGAUAUGUGCUUCAGAUGGGAUUAUGGAGAAAGUAAACAGGGUCAGAGGAUCCUGUCCAUUCAAACACUUCAUCGUCUGAAGUGCUUUUGGUUCACUUAGGUACGGAUCACUCAGACUGUAGGACUUUAACAACCGUUUAGCCGUUUAAAAUGGAGCUAGUGAGGGGGUUAUGGUAUGUAGUAGACGGUGCUGUAGUGAGGCUAAGAGUCUGCAGGCUGGGUAGCGCUAUGUGACAGUAGUGUUGUUCAAAAGACCCCUGCAUGUCAUAGAGUCCCAGUUCAUGUCACAAACCUUGGUUGGUUGCUUAUCCUAAUGAAGUCAGUGUAUUUCCUAUGAAGUUUUAUUUGUCAACAAAAGUCAAAAUGGUUCACAACAACUGUCAUUCUUUUCCAUUGUACUCUUAAAAUGUUUUGUUUUUUAUGCUUAUAAAUUCAAAAACCAA